AUGGCUGUACCGAAGCAACAUUAUGCUACAAGCAGUCUUGUGAUUGGGUACGCUUUAUGUUCAAGCUUAUUAGCUGUGAUUAACAAAUUUGCAAUCACCAAGUUCAAUUACCCAGGGCUAUUGACUGCUUUGCAGUAUCUUGUUUCAGCUUUAGGAGUUUGGGUUUUGGGGAAAUUAGGGUUCUUGAGCCACGAUCCGUUCGUAUGGGAAACCGCUAAGAAAUUCCUACCCGCUGCUAUCGUUUUCUAUCUCGCAAUCUUCACAAACACGAAUUUAUUGCGUCAUGCCAAUGUCGACACGUUUAUCGUCUUCAGAUCCUUAACACCCCUUUUGGUAGCAAUCGCCGACACCACUUUUAGGAAGCAACCAAUUCCAUCAAAACUUACAUUUCUAUCACUUUUAAUCAUCUUGGGUGGCGCUGUUGGCUAUGUCGCUACAGAUUCAGGAUUCACAUUGACUGCAUAUUCAUGGGCAUUUGCUUACUUGAUCACAAUCACAACCGAAAUGGUUUACAUCAAACACAUGGUUACAAAUCUCGGAUUGAACACAUGGGGUUUUGUUUACUACAACAACCUGUUAUCUCUCAUGAUGGCUCCAUUCUUCUGGAUCAUGACUGGUGAAUACUCUGAUGUGUUUGCUGCUGUUGGAUCAAACCAUGGGAAUUUGUUUGAAAUCAUAGCAUUUACAGCAGUCUCCUUAUCUUGUGUUUUUGGACUUCUAAUCAGUUUCUUUGGAUUUGCAUGUCGAAAAGCCAUAUCUGCAACUGCAUUCACUGUAACUGGUGUUGUAAACAAGUUUCUUACAGUUGCUAUUAAUGUUUUGAUUUGGGAUAAACACGCAAGUCCUUUUGGGUUAUUCUGUUUGCUUGUGACUAUUGCUGGAGGUAUUUUGUAUCAGCAAUCUGUAACUGGAGUUAAUAGUCCAUCUAUACAGCGGGACCCGGUAGCAUCUAAGUUAAUGGAUGAUAAAGAUGAUGGUGAUUACUCAAAUGAAGAUGAAGAAAAGGGUAUUUCGGGGAAAAUCUCGGGUGUAUAA